AUCCAGGCCGACACUCUGGCAGCAAGCUUUCCAGCCUCACGUAUUCUAUCUGUUCUCCAAGAAUCCCAUCGUGUCCUUGCACCUGAUGGGGUGAUGGAAUUUCGAAUCGUCGACCCGCUUCCUGAUCCCAAAACUGUUGGCAAUCUUCUCAAUCACUGGAUUGAGGAAUAUCUCUUGCUAAACUUGGAGAAAUCGUUCCGGUGUUCUCGGCCUUCAUUGCUCGUGCCAAUGUGGAUACGAGAAGCUGGGUUUGUGGAUUAUCAGCAGAGUGAACUAACGGCCACUGAUUUCAGUGGUCAGCUCUCUUGUAUAGUACAGAAAUUUCCAGCAAUUGCGUAUGAGGGUGCAAGUGUUGAUGAGCGACUCCAAGUUGAGAUUGGACACAUGGUAUGGCAAACAAUGUGGGGAGAUUUCGUGAAGAUAGAAUGUGGUAUGGAUGUAAGGUGGUGGGAAGACAAUGAAGUGCGAAAAGAGUGCCUCGAAAGAAAUGCGCAGGUUGUCUGCAAGGUCUUCCGCGUACGGAAACUGCCUCCUUGA